UCGAAGCGGCGCUGAGGCUCUUCUCGUGGCCGGGAGUUGUCCUCAUUCCGGGCUGGUGUACGUACGCGAACGCGAGCACACGCGCCGGAGAGAGAAAUGCUGCGCGCUUCACGGUUCCUGGUCUCGCCGCGCGACACACGCGCUCCGUGAGCGCCUGGUCGACGUCCACGUACUUCUGUGCGCGUUAACCUUUCCCCGAGUGAGACUGCCACUGCAGUGAGUGUCCAGACACGCGUAUCUGUCACGGCCUGGAGUGUGGCGGGAGUGAAGGUCUCGAGCGCGCGUGUUGGACUCAAAAAGGAAAGUCUGCGCUCCCAUGAAACGUCCGGUCGACGCUGAGAAAGGCUCUCGACGCGCGCGGAAGUUGAACGAAGGGUCACGUCACUGGUGAGCUCGCGUAGACAACGCUUGCAUCUGCUGUCUUCUGAACGUGCUGUAGGAGAAAGUUUGCGCGGCUGAACGCGUCGGGGCGCCAACGAGCUGUGCGGUCCCCCAAAGUAUCCGGACAGGUGUUGUUUUAGAAGGUUGUGUGCCCGUUUCGCCUGCCUCCUUUUAUAGACAGAUAUUCCAAGGUCGUAAACAAGCCUGUCUGCUGCGUGCGAUUACAAACGGAGACAACGCCCUCGUCCAAUAUGGAACUCUCUUAGGGCAACCCCAAAGGCCCGGACGCGUCACACGACGUGGGAAGUAGCCGCUUCGCAGGAGUUUGCUGUCCAUGUUGUGCUUCUGUUCGUGGGACUGCGGUAACUACCAGUAACACGUAACUGCCAAAUUACAAGCGAACUGCCUGGAAGAUCGUGUGUGUAUGUGGUACCAAGACUUGUUGAUGAUACUCAGGACCGUGUUCUGAGAUCCGUGGGUGGCUUCCGUGUGACGUGACGGGCGUGUGAGUUCGGCAGAGUAGAAGCAAGUGACGUCACGUCGACCAUGUCUCGCAAACUACAGAAGUUCCUCGUCCUCUUGGACAACGAAAGCCUGCUAUACUUUCCCGGCUCCUUCCUAUCGGGAAAGGUUGUGGUGGAGCUGGAUGAAGAGAUACCUGUCACAGGCCUGUACUUCCACAUUGUCGGAGAAGGCGUGGUGCGGCUCACGGACAAGUCCAAAGUGAACACGUCGGACCGGGAGAACUACAUCGACUUCCGCAUGCGGCUGCUCGGCGAAAACACGCCCAAAGGCUCACCCGCUAGAGUGGUGUUCCUAUCUCCGGGCGUGCACUCGUUCCCGUUCAAGCUGGGCCUUCCGCUAGGACUACCCUCCACGUUCUUGGGCAAGCACGGCUGGGUGCAGUACUUCUGCAAGGCGGCUCUCAAGGAGCCCAGCGGCCUGACACACAAGAACCAGCAGGUCUUCAUCGUCAUGAGCCCCAUCGACCUGAAUCUCGAGCCAAACUUGCUGACGCAACCGUUUCACUGCGAGGUGGAGGAGAGCCUGGGCAUGGCGUGCUUCUCGUCAGGCCGGCUGUCGUGUCGUGUGAGGCUCGACAAGGGCGGCUACGUGCCGGGCGAAAGCAUCUGCAUCUUCGCCAGCAUUGAGAACAACACGCGCGUCUCCAUACGCAAGACCAGGGCCGUGCUCACCGAGACGAUCCAGUACACGGCCAAGAACAAGGUCGUGCAGGCUGAGACGCGCGAGCUCGCCUUCCUGGAGAAAGGCCGCAUCGAGGCCGGCACCACGGACCAGUGGCGGAACGAGAUGCUCUACAUCCCGCCCAUACCGCCCACAAACCUGCGUGGCUGCCACCUCAUACGGAUCCAGUACGACGUCUACUUCAUCAUCUCGCCCAAGGGACCCGGCAAGGAGAUUCGCCUGCAGCUGCCAAUCAUGAUGGCCACCUACCCGAUUCGCAACAGCGACGGCACCCUGCAGCGCAAGAAGGGCACCCACUACCCGACCGUGCUGCCCGUCUUCAGGCCGUGGCUGAAUACGGACAAGUUCAAGACGUAGCCAGACAUCGCGUCUGCGUAUAUUUUCAGAAUCUCCGGAUAGCCUUCGAAUCUCCAGCAGCUAUUCCUUCUGCGUCCGCGGAGGAGUGUAAGCUCGGCAUCGGCGAGCAUCGUAGUUGCCCGAUAAGACAUCUUUUCGCAACUGCUGUCUGCUCCGUAGAUUUAAUCACGGUGCCCUUGUCCUUGCGAUCGGCACGAGCUUCGAUAUACACUGUAUCCAGUUCCGGGGAUUGACCAACGGUAAAUUACGUUCAGGAACAGUGCAUUCGCAAAACGACAGUGCCAGUGCCGGUUCCUUGUUAACUAAGGAAAUCUCCGACCGAGUUGAAGCUUCUGUCAUCCACAUUUUCUCCUCUCCGUAUAAAGAAGAGAGAGAGAUAGAAACAGGAAAGAAAACAGAGUGAGCCUUGUAUAUAUUUGGGCUUAACCAAAUAUUUGUUGGUGCCAGCUACACAAUAAAAGUCAGAUAAAACGAUAUACAAUAUACAUAUAUAACAAAGUUUGGCCCAAAAAAUAGUUUACCAUGAUAUUAAUUAAGAACUGUAGUGUCUAGCUUACCAUAUUUCUCGUAAAGCAAAGCGGCAAAAUCCAAUAAUAAUUUUUGUUUCCUCUGAUCGCCGGGAGGUGACUUUUCUUUACAAUAUAUUUCAAAAAAGAAAGUGAUUUGAAGCCGUACGAAUAGAUGUGCUGCCAAAACUGAUUUUUAAAAUUCGCCUAGUAAGAACACACCAACUUGUCUUCGUACUUACGAGACUACAUUAUUUUUUCCAAAGCCAGAUGUAUUAGCACUCAAAUCCAAAUCUGACAUUCCCACGGCUGAGUUGACAUUUUUGAAUGUUUGAAAAGAAGGCUUCUAUCCAUAGAUUCUAGACUAAGCUUUACGAGCAUCUAUGACGAUGUUCAUGUUAAUGUGAGCGUGUGUUCGUUACGAAUAAGAGUAAUUUAAUUAACAAAAGCGUGAACUAUAUAAUAUACUGUAUAGCGUUCCAUUUUUACAAGUGUGCGUGCCUAGGUACAAACGUUUUGUAACCACGGCAACCAGCAACGACAAUAUAUUAUACAAAGUAUGCUAUACGGCGUGAAAGUUUCCGGCUAUAUGUGCCAAAGCGAUCAUCGAGCCCUUGCGGUACUUAUGAGAAGUUGUGUGUCAUUCCUUUUUCUUUCUUUUGUUUUCUGCACAGUACGUGACUUGUGCUGUUCAUAGAUGAAGCUUAUGUGAAAACAACAAUUUUUGCACUUUGUUUGUUCUGUCGAUCCUAAUCUAAAAACUUCAGCUCUAGUGUAGUAUUAAAAUAUAUUCGCCGCACAAAGUUGUUUCGACAACAACGGUGCGACCCAUAUGCGCUCAAGGCGGCUUGUUAUUACGUUGUAACCCUAUAGAGUUCCAUUUCUAAGCAGCGGUACCAUUUACGUUACGUAGGCAUAUGAAGCGGUCACUAACACAAUAGUUGUUUGCGAAUCGGAAGUUAAGCUGGCAGACUUAAGGUUCGCUGCUUUGUUCUUUGUGAUCACGUGUACCUUGCCAUCAAAUAUGAAGGAACAGGUACUUUCCCGUGCAUCGCCACAGACAGUUCUUUCCUUGCGAACAUCUUUGCGUUGCGCGUCAUUUAAAAUGCGUGAUCUGAAAUGCAAGAUUACAUCUAAACUAACAACUUGGUUUCGUUACACGGCGGCUUAGUUUAAAACGAGCCUAAAGAGAAGCACAACACCAAUUUAUGGUAGCAACAUAUUCUUCCAAAACUUUAUUUCAAUUACAUAAACAGGAAAAAGCGUUUAUUAUUAGCAGUGAAAAUUAAGUGCAUACUCCUGCUACGCCCGUGAACUUCAUGCCCGUGAACUUCAUGCCCAGAGGAAUCGAUGGUGUUAGUGUGACGUCAGAGAUUUCACUGUUUUUGUACAUUUCAGCCGUUCUAGUGCUAGAAGAAGUUGGCAGCUUGAGCCCUUGGGCACUUUCGACUGCUGCGUAAAUUUACUUCAUUGCUUUACACUCAUCUGGCACCAAGUAGGCGCUUUCAAAACACGUGACAUUACGGGGAUUUAUUACAGGAUUUUCGAAGUGUCGUAACAACUCUCCUUUUAUUCUUGCGUAAUUUGUGACUUACUAAGCCUCUACUCACGGUAAGAUUUUCAGAAGUGCUAUCUACCAACAUAUAUUGCUUAAGAUUUUGCUUUAGUGUUCUUGUGACACAGUACGCCGUACGAGCGACUG